AGUACUUCCGGAGUCUCCCGGCAAUUUGGUGCGGUGUUCCUGCCAGAGCUCAUCCCUGCGCUCUCUCGCGCCGGUGAGGCUUACUCGUGGCUUCACACGCUUGCUUCCCGGUCUUAUGGCCGGUCUGACUCUGUUUGUGGGCCGCCUGCCGCCCUCGGCUCGCAGUGAGCAGCUGGAAGAGCUGUUCAGUCAGGUCGGUCCGGUGAAGCAGUGCUUCGUGGUGACCGAGAAAGGGAGCAAAGCAUGCCGAGGCUUUGGCUACGUCACUUUCUCCAUGCUGGAAGAUGUUCAGAGGGCGCUCAAGGAGAUCACUACUUUUGAAGGUUGCAAGAUCAACGUGACUGUUGCCAAGAAGAAACUAAAGAACAAGUCCAAGGAAAAGAGGAAAAAUGAAAAUUCAGAGUCCCCAAAGAAGGAGCCAAAGCCUAAAAAAGCCAAGGUAGCAGAUAAGAAAGCCAGAUUAAUUAUCCGGAACCUCAGCUUUAAGUGUUCAGAAGAUGACUUGAAAACAGCAUUUACUCCCUAUGGAACUGUUCUGGAAGUGAAUAUCCCAAGGAAGCCAGAUGGAAAGAUGCGUGGUUUUGCUUUUGUUCAGUUCAAAAACCUUCUUGAAGCAGGAAAAGCUCUCAAAGGCAUGAACAUGAAAGAGAUAAAAGGACGGACUGUGGCUGUGGAUUGGGCUGUAGCAAAGGACAAAUACAAAGAUACCCAGCCUGCUUCUGCCCCAGAUGGAAAGAACGUGAGCAGUGAACGUGAGCACAAGGACUCAGGUAAGAAGAAUGGCAGGGUGGAAGAGCAAGAAGAAGAAGAAGAAGAAGAAGAAGAAGAUGAUGAUGAUGAUGAUGAUGAUGAUAGUGAUGAUGAUGAAGAUGAUGAUGAUGAUGGUGAUGAUGAUGGUGAUGAAGAAGAUGAUGAUGAUGAUGAUGAUGAAGAAGAAGAAGAUGAAGAGGAAAGUAGAGAAUCAACAGUGAAAAUUCAGAAGAGAGCAGUGAAGAGAGCAGCUCCUGAAGAAAGCAUUGAGGAAGACCAUUCUGAUGAGGACAGUGACCUGGAGGAAGGAGGGAGCGUUGACGGUGAAGGAGUACAGAGUGGGAGCAGUGCUGAGGAACAAGAGGAUGAAGAUGCCCCAGUCUCAAAGAAAAAGAAGAGGAAGUUGCCCUCCGAUGUGAACGAAGGGAAAACUGUUUUCAUCAGGAAUCUUUCAUUUGAGUCAGAAGAAGAAGACCUAGGGGAGGUCCUUCAGCAAUUUGGUGAUCUUAAGUAUGUCCGAAUUGUCUUGCAUCCAGACACAGAGCAUUCUAAAGGUUGUGGAUUUGCACAGUUCAUGACUCAGGAAGCAGCUCAGAAAUGCCUUGCAGCUGCCUCUCCAGAGGCUGAGGGUGGUGGACUUAAACUAGAUGGGCGGCUGCUCAAGAUUGACUUGGCUGUGACCCGUGAUGAGGCAGCAAAGCUUCAGACAAAGAAGGUGAAGAAGCCGACUGGGACCCGGAACCUCUAUCUGGCCCGAGAAGGCUUGAUCCGUGCGGGGACGAAGGCUGCCGAGGGUGUGAGUGCUGCAGAUAUGGCCAAACGAGAACGGUUUGAGCUCCUGAAACAUCAGAAACUCAAGAACCAGAAUAUCUUUGUCUCCCAGACCCGGCUUUGCCUGCACAAUCUGCCAAAGGCCGUGGAUGACAAACAACUAAGGAAGCUGCUGCUGGACGCCACUCGAGGCGAGAAGGGCGUGCGCAUUAAGGAGUGUAGAGUGAUGCGGGACCUUAAAGCAGUUCAUGGAAAAACGAAGGGUCAGUCCCUGGGCUAUGCCUUUGCAGAGUUCCAGAAGCACGAGCACGCCCUCAGAGCCCUCCGCCAUAUCAACAAUAACCCAGAAAUCUUUGGCUCUCAGAAGAGACCGAUAGUGGAGUUCUCUUUAGAGGAUCGAAGGAAACUUAAAGUAAAGGAGCUGAGGAUCCAACGCAGCCUGCAAAAAAUGUCAUCUAAGCCUGUAACCGGUAAGCCCCAAAAGGAGCAAAAAGAACAUGGGAAAGACAAGCAACAGAAAGCAGUGAGGCCUACACAGAAUCCCAGCCAGGCUUCUGGAGAGCAGAAAGGGAAGGCCCGCCCCACCUCGUGGACAGGGUUCCAGACCAAGGCUGAAGUGGAGCAGGUGGAGCUGCCUGAUGGGAAGAAGAGAAGAAAGGUCCUGGCACUCCCUUCACACCGAGGCCCCAAAAUUAGGUUGCGGGACAAAGGCAAAGUGAAGUCCCUUCCUCCUAAGAAGUCAAAGCCCCAGACAGGCCAGCGGAAACAGAAGCAGCAGCAGUUACCUUCUUUGCAGGCACCUAAGAAGAAAGCUAAGGAAAAUAAGGCAGAAGCCCACUUCAACCAACUGGUUGAACAGUAUAAGCAGAAAUUGUUGGGUCCUUCUAAGGGACCACCCCUUAUGAAGAGAAGCAAGUGGUUUGAUACUUGAUGCCGCCUGCAGAAAGCUGUGUCUUUCACAGAGGGGAAGUGCAUCCCGAUGAUACCCCAUUCUUGGGGACUCUGUAGGGUGUGUACAUUCUUGGUCCCUUCUCCAGCAUGGGAGGAAAACAUACCUGAAAACACCGUGGAGUUUUUACAUCUCAUCCAUAUUGCUGAAACUGUGCAUAUAAUUGUAAUUCAUUUCUAUUUUCUUCUUUGAUGGAAACUAUUGUAAAAAAGUGUUUUGAAGUACUGAAUUUUUAAGAUGCCUAUUUUGUUAUGGAAUCUGUAAAUGAGCAAUUGUGACUUUUGGAUGUGUCUCAUUUUUAAUAUACCAAAUAUAUUAUUUAUGAGUGAA